CCAUUGCAGCAACCGCAGGCGUUAUUGCGGUUAUUGCACAAUCAUAACAAACAACAAAUUCAGCCCCGUUUGUCAGAAGCAGCAGAAAAAAUUACCGUAAUUGUAACAAUUAUCGCAGGAAGAAUUGCGGAAGCAGGACUUCAACAGCUUGUUUCAACCGAGGUUCGGGACGACCAUAAUGUUACAUUAACGUGAAUACUCGGUCUGGAGUGAAAUUUUCGUCUUCGUUCCGUGUCGUUAGAUUGCUGCACACAUUUCUAACAGAGCCGACACAUCGAUAUGCGGGUUCCACUCUUCGUCAAAUCGCUGCUACUGGGGGUACCGAUCGGGGUAACGUUUUUUGAUUGCGUGGGCUAUGUGGCCCGAGUAGAAGGCAUCUCGAUGCAACCGGUUUUGAAUCCGGAUGAAAGUAACACUGUCGACUACGUUUUUCUUUCCCGAUGGGCGGUGCGCAAUCUGGACGUUGCCCGGGGAGAUGUUAUAUCGCUAAUAUCGCCCAAAGAUCCAAACCAGAAAAUCAUCAAACGCGUCGUGGGGCUGCAGGGCGAUGUGAUUCAGACGCUCGGCUACAAAAUGCAGUACGUUAAGGUUCCUGAAGGUCACUGUUGGGUCGAAGGAGACCAUACAGGGAACUCUUUGGAUAGCAAUACGUUCGGGCCAGUUUCUCUGGGGCUGAUAACGGCCCAAGCUACGCAGAUUGUUUGGCCUCCUAAUCGUUGGCAGAGGCUUAAAUCGCAAGUACCUCAAACCAGGCAACCCAUCUCGUUAGGAAAGUCCAUCCAUGCCAAUGCAAACGGGCCUCAUCCGGGCUUGCAGGCUCAGGAAAGGAAAUCGUAGAUUUCCGCACCAUGAUAUCGGUUUGUUCCUUCUAGUGGAUGUAAUGCUGUCAUCAGUAGUUAACUCCGUGUUCAUUUGAGAUAUAUUUUCUGAUUCGAUUACUCAUAUAUAUGAUUGCAUGGGAAAGGUUGAUGCAAAUCAAUAGUGUGAGCUGAUUCCAAUGGCCCUUAAAUUGUAUUUGUAUAAAGAUGAUACAAUGUUUCGAGCACAUGAAUGGAAAAAUAUUUCUGUAGAAUAUCUUAUUUUAUUAUUUUGAUAAAAAUGUU